CAAGACAAGUACAUGUGUAACAUGUGGUGGUUGAAGUGUGUGUGUGUGUGUCGAUUCAGUAUUGCAUUGCUGUGGCUAGGUGGAAGGUGUCGUUGAGUUGAGGAGGCACGUAGACCGAUCGGAAAAAUGAGCAAAGCCGCGGAGGUCGAGGAGUACAGAGAUUCCAAAGCACACGUGGAGGCUCGUAUCAAAGACCUGCUCCCUCGAAUGACGUUGAAAGAGAAGGUCGGCCAGAUGACCCAGAUUGAACGCCGCGUCGCUUCCCACGAUGCCAUCAAACACCUCUCCAUCGGGAGCAUACUUAGUGCUUGUGGGAGUGGACCUUUUGGGAAAGUGAAAACAGAGUCGUCGGAUUGGGCCGAUAUGGUUGACGGGUUUCAGAAGUCGGCGCUUGAGUCACGGUUAGGGAUACCGCUCAUAUAUGGGAUUGAUGCGGUUCAUGGUAACAAUAGUAUACAUCGUGCCACUAUCUUUCCUCACAAUAUUGGCCUUGGAGCUACCGGGGAUGCAGAAUUAGCUCGAAAGAUUGGGGAAGCAACUGCUCUUGAAGUUAGAGCAAGCGGCAUUCAUUAUACUUUUGCUCCUUGUGUGGCUGUUUGCAGAGAUCCCAGAUGGGGAAGAUGCUAUGAAAGUUACAGUGAAGACACUGAAAUUGUUAGAAAAAUGACUUCCAUUGUCACAGGCUUGCAGGGCCAGCCACCUCUUGAACACCCAAAAGGCUACCCUUUUGUGGCUGGGAGAAACAAUGUCAUUGCUUGCGCAAAGCAUUUUGUAGGAGAUGGGGGAACUGAUGGGGGAAUAAAUGAGGGUAAUACCAUAUUAUCAUAUGAGGAAUUAGAGAAGAUACAUAUGGCACCAUAUCUGGACUGUAUUUCUCAGGGAGUUUCCACUAUUAUGGCAUCCUAUUCUAGCUGGAAUGGGCGCAAACUGCAUGCUGACCAUUUUCUCCUGACAGAAAUUUUAAAAGAUAAGCUAGGUUUCAAGGGUUUUGUAAUUUCUGACUGGCGUGGACUUGACCGACUUAGUGAACCUCGUGGCUCAAACUAUCGUUACUGCAUUUCCUCUGCCAUUAAUGCAGGAAUAGACAUGGUGAUGGUGCCUUUCAGAUAUGAACUACUCGUGGAGGAUUUGACAUUUCUGGUUGAAUCAGGGGAGAUACCAAUGGCCAGGAUUGAUGAUGCUGUUGAACGUAUACUUAGAGUGAAGUUUGUUGCUGGUCUUUUUGAAUUUCCUUUCGCUAGUAGAUCUUUGCUCAAUACAGUUGGUUGCAAGUUGCACAGAGAUUUAGCACGUGAAGCAGUCCGCAAGUCUUUGGUUCUUUUGAAAAAUGGAAAGGAUCCCAAGAACCCUUUUCUUCCAUUAGAUAGGAAUGCUAAAAGAAUCCUUGUUGCUGGAACACAUGCUGAUGAUCUUGGAUAUCAGUGUGGCGGGUGGACAGCUGAUUGGAAAGGAAGUAGCCACAGCAUUACAAUUGACCAGUGCAUGAACAUAGGACGAUUGAGGUAUUUUGCUUUGCCUGGUUCUUUUGAUUUUGUGUUUGGGACACUGCACAUGCUGCUUGACCCUAAAUAUUUUUGCUGGUGUACAGUGGAUUUGCUAUUGCUCAUCAACUGUUCAGACCAUAAUAUUAGACUAUGUAUCAAGGCGAGAUUUAAUUUUUGUGGGUUCUUGUUGGGUUCCUUGCUUGUGUUUCAUACGUGGAUUAGCUUGUGAGAUAGGAUGGUGCCAUCAUGAAAAAGCCUCCCAGGGACAAAAACUGAGUGCAUUGGUAAUAUCAGUUUGUGAAUAACAUGCUUGAAUUUGGUGACGAUGAUUUAAGAGAUGAUUUUGUAUCUCACAUUACAAAGACUGUACACCUGUAAUGGUCGACUAAUGUAGAAUUUUCUAUUUUGGGAAUUAGAAAAAUUUUGUGGUGCUUUACUUCCUUUGGAAGAUAACCACCUCAAAAGAGUGAUAAAAUUACUUCAAGAACAUCUUGAUUCACUCUCUAAUGGUGCUUGAAAAGAAGGCGAUGAUUCGGUCAAGCCCCUUCAUUGCAUCCAUAUUGUCCUAAGCAGAGAAUAUGUCUUCUUUCUCCAGGAAAGGCACGGAACACUUAUGACCUACUGCAUUUGGCUUUUGGAAGAUGAUUGAAUCAGUUUUUUUUUUGGUUAAGUAAUAAAAUUUUUUAAUUAAUAAGUAAAUAGACAUAGUCCAAGUAUACAGGAAGUAUACAAGAAAAAACACUAUAAGCAAUCGAAGGCUUAUUCAGGUUCAUUCUGUUUUUUUAGUGAUAUAUGAUCAAAAAUCUAUCUUGAGUAGUCAAAUGAAUCAUGCCAUAUGUUACUCUAUAAGCAUCUCUUACACCCUCCAC